CUGCCAAGAUCACAACAAGAACUCCCAGCAUCACAACCUCCGAAGCCACCACAGCUGGACUGCAGGUCACAGAGGGCAAGAGGACUUUGCAAUCGCGGCCCCCGGAUUUGGGAGCUAUCAUUGGGGUGGCGGUGGCCACCGCGGUGCUCCUAACCCCGCUUGUGGCACUGAUGAUCUUCCUCAGGUGUAAGGGGCGGUUGGCUCACUAAAGCCCAAGUCCACAGGUCAGUGCUGGUCCUCCAAGGGCACUUGAUGCGUGAGAGGCAAUGGUUUAGAAAACUUCCUCAGAAGUUUCCUUACAGAACCCAGAUUAGAGGGAGCAUCCUAUCUGCCUCCCUCACCUUCUCCAGCACGGCCUCACCAGGAGCACCUCCCUGCCACCCUCCCCAGGAGAACUCAGGUGGUAUGGUUCAUGUCUGGAUGUCCCCCCGAAAGUCUCAUGCAGUCAUGGGGGAUGGGUUUUUCAAAGGCAGCUGGAUUUAGAGUUUGUAACUGAUUCAUGGUCCAGAGCUGAGACUAUGGGUGUGAGUGCAGCACCUGCCCUAGGGCAGGUAGCCUGCAUACAAUGUAAGGGACAGAAAGAGGUCUGUCUUUCUGGAUCUCGCUCUUGCUUGUUGCUUUUGCUGUCUUCCACCACCAUGAAUUUUUGCCCCUGUGCCAUGUGCCACUCUGCCUUGGAGCCAG